AUGACCCAUGGCCGAGAACCAGUUUCCCAUCUGUGGCCUAUGAACCACGUACUACCGCGUGUCGACAUAUCUGACCCUCAUACGUUCCUGGCAAUCAAGCGUGGCAUUCUUCAGUACGCGUGGUUAAAGCCUAUCUUAGCUCUGGCCGCCGUCGUUAUGAAGGCUACCGGAACCUACCAGGAGGGCUACAUUGGCGUGGAGUCGGGCUACUUAUGGAGCGGUAUCAUCUACAACAUCAGCGUCACAGUGAGCUUGUACUCCCUCGGUCUGUUUUGGGUCUGCAUGCACAACGAUCUUUUACCCUUCCGCCCGGUACCUAAGUUCUUGUGCAUCAAGCUCAUCAUCUUCGCCUCUUACUGGCAAGGCUUUUUUCUGUCUAUUCUCGUCUGGUUGGGAGCCAUUCCAGACAGCGUUGAGGGUUACUCUCCCGACAACUUGGCCGCUGCCAUACAAGAUGCUCUCAUUUGUGUCGAAAUGCCGGCAUUCGCGAUCGCUCACUGGUACGCCUUCUCAUGGCACGACUUUGCCGACAACAGUAUCUCGUCUGCGAGGAUGCCUGUCAAGUUCGCCAUGCGUGAUGCUUUUGGCGUCAGGGAUCUCAUCGAAGACUCCAAGGAGACGUUUACCGGCGACAAGUACGGUUACCGCUUUUUCGACUCGGGUGACAAAAUCAUGGCGCACGAGGAGUCGCGUGCUAGACUGGGCAGGCUUGAUGAGGGCAUGCGAUACACGAGGGGCGGCAAAGCGAAGUACUGGAUUCCUACACCUGGCCAGGUGGACCGUCAAACGAACCGUGAUAUGAACGAACGAGAUCCCUUGCUUCAGGGAACCGCGGGUGGCCCAAGUGAGGAGUACAACUACGCCAAUGGUACCUUCAACGAAGACCUCGCCAACGACCCUCAGAUAGACCCUGACGACGAGCGGCUCUUUGACAAGGCACGCGAGCUGGAAUUUGGCGAUUGGAACUACCCCGUCAUCACCGCUAAUGAGCCGCUGAGCAAACGGUACAUGUCCUCCCAGGGUAGCUUGGGUUUCCAUGCCGAACCACGAUCGACGGUCGAGCGUCUGCGGGUGUCACCGCGGAAUAGCGAGCCGGCCGUUGUUUCCAGCAAAAAGAAGAAGAAGAAGCAGAAACAAGUUACAGCUGAGACUCCAGGCUCGUCAUCGUCUCCCGAUCGUUCUGGAUCUGGCCCUCCAUCCAAGCCGCAGAGCCCGUCGCCUCAACCAGCGGAGGUAUCCGCCGAGACCGAGGAAGAACCUGAGCCAAGACCAAGUGCUCAGAAGCAAUACAGCCAUCCAGAAGAUUCUCCUCUUCUGCAAGAGGCCAUGACAUCCCCAUGGGCGGAGAGCGAGCAAGAAGACGACUUCAACAAGAACUUUGGCGUGGGAGAAGAUGACGAGUUCAAGAACGUGUGGAGCGGUGGCGAGCCAUCUCAGUCCCGUUAG